AGUAGAUAUCCAUAUAGGUGCAGAGGCCCUCUACGAAGGCAGAGAUAAUGGGUAGAUUGAUAGAAGCCCGAGGAGCAUGCACGUGUGUAUAACAUAUCUGAGCAUUAGUGACAAGAUGAGGGGAGACGCUAGUGAAUGGCCGAUGGUUGGGCCUAUGCUUCCGCCCAGUAGAAUAUGCGUGGUCACGUGAUUAUCUUGGUCCUUUCCCGCAAUGCCCUCACCUUUGCAAGUUAUAGUAGAUGCUCGCCGAAGCAAUCGUCCGGUGCCGUCGGCCAGCGCGUACCCAGGGUCACGCACCUGCUUGGCAAUGAAGGGAUCCUCCACGCGGAGCAGAUUCCUUCCCAGCGACUCCGCCCGCCAGCUUGCCUUCCUGAACAUUGUCUGGACGGGGAAGCGCAUGAGCUGCUGCUGCCGAUCGAAAUGGUCAUACCAACGACAGUGCCGCACAGCGCGCCGGUUCAUGCCAGCAUCGCGGAACAGGUUUCUUCUAUGCUACGGUGAGAGAGCAAUCGCGGGAUGCGUGUGUGUGGGCCUUGGCAGGCGUGCGGACCACCUGAGCAAAGAACGGGACCGCAGGUUGCGCCCCAGCUACCUCCGAGUGCGUGGGUUUCAACGCAUGCAUGGCCACGUCAAGCAGACGAGGCCAGCCGACUUCCUGCAACAUUUUCAUGAAUCACGGAUCCGCUAUGCAGACCCGCAACCCAUUUUCAAUUUCUUGACACGCACGGAUUUCAGGCAGAGGAGGGCGCGAGUGUGCAGCUUGCGGGCACAAAUAGGCAGCGACAACCUUGCUCUUCAACUCCACCACGUAAUCGGAAGUCAACACCGCAGGCGGACAAUAGGGUUCGCACCAAAGAGCGUGCAACGCGGCGGCCGCGGCGUGCGCUGAGCGGGAAUCGACCGCACCAGUGGCGAUGAACUUCGAUGCCCGGUUUACCAGGACCAGGAAGAUGAAAGUCCUUACGGAAGCUGCUGGCACCACCCUGCGGGAGGCUUGAUACUCUUUAGACCAGCGCGUCAAGUCAGCCGUCUUCGCCGGCAAGGAUGGGA